GACUCUUGCCUCGUUUACUUGCUUAAGUCAGCUUCUCACCAUGCCUUUACCCCUCCCCUUUUACCUAUAAAUGUGCAUCCAGCAAGGGUUAGGCUUGGACACUUGCAUUUGAAUAACAUACCAAGUAAAGGGGUUAGAGAAAUAAAAGAGAAAGGAGAUAAAACCGUAUCAUAUCACCACCACACAGAUACAUACAUAGAGGAAAACUACCUAUUUUUUCCUGGUGAGGUGAACGGGCUAGAGAAUUAGAAGGACAAGAGUAUACAGGAAGUUGAAUAAAAGAGAAAGACCAGGAAGGAGACAUGGGAAGACCACCUUGUUGUGACAAGGAAGGGGUCAAGAAAGGGCCUUGGACUCCUGAAGAAGACAUCAUGUUGGUGUCUUAUAUACAGGAGCAUGGUCCUGGAAAUUGGAGGGCAGUUCCUACCAAAACAGGGUUGUCAAGGUGCAGUAAGAGUUGUAGACUUAGAUGGACUAAUUACCUGAGGCCAGGAAUCAAACGGGGUAACUUCACCGAACAAGAGGAGAAGAUGAUAAUCCACCUUCAAGAUCUUUUAGGAAACAGAUGGGCUGCAAUAGCUUCAUACCUUCCACAGAGAACAGAUAAUGACAUAAAGAACUAUUGGAACACCCAUUUGAGAAAGAAGCUGAAGAAGUUGCAUUCAGGUUGUGAAGGUAGUUUAGGAGAAGGGUUUUCAGCCUCAAGGGAAAUCCCUAGAGGCCAGUGGGAGAGAAGACUCCAGACUGAUAUCCAAAUGGCAAAGAGAGCCCUCAGCGAAGCCCUUUCACCAGAGAAGCCACCUUCUUUAUCUGCAUCAAACUCAUACCCUUCAGAUAGUAGCAGCUCCUUCUCUUCCACAAAACCAACGCAAUCUUUGUGCUAUGCUUCAAGUGCAGAGAACAUAGCUCGCAUGCUGAAGGGUUGGAUGAAAAACCCUCCAAAGUCCUCAAGAACUAACUCAUCUGUGACUCAAAACUCCUUCAACAACCUAGCUGCAUCGGGUGCUGAUACUGCUUCUAGUGGAGCAGAGGAACCAAGCAGUGCUGAAUUGUCUGAGAAUUUUGAAUCCUUGUUUGAUUUUGACCAGUCUUUGGAGUCUUCAAACUCCGAUCAAUUUUCUCAGUCCUUGUCUCCUGAGGCCACUGUUUUGCAAGAUGAUGAAAGCAAGCCUGAUAUUUGUGCAGAAAUUAUGCCCUUCUCUUUGCUUGAGAAAUGGCUUCUUGAUGAGGCUGGUUGUCAAGAGAAAGUUGGUUAUUGUGGGGAUGCAAAGUGUUUCUAAAAUGGUUCAUUUUGUGACAUAUGGAACUGUGGAAUUUAUUUUACUUCAUAUGCUAUAGAAAGGGCCUCAUCAACCUCGCUUUGGCCACAGAGAGAAGGUUUUCAAUCCUUUCGGUGCUAGACGUGUAUAUUUUACUAUUAAUUAACAUGAUUAUUAUCAUACUGGGUUAGAUGAAUCGCUGGAAAACUUGCUUCUCUUGUGUAAAGUAGAUCUUGCUUUUUGAAUUAAUUGUUUGUUCUUUCAUCUUCAUAGUAAUUGAAGUUCCAGUUCUUGAAAUGAGGAAUGGUACGUACUGACGUACUUUUUAUUA